UUUACCUAUUCCUACAAAUAGGAUAUUUAUCUAAGCUAAAUCUUGGAAAUCAUAUUACUAGUUGGACAACAUGUCGUCUUUCUUUUUUCAUUUGACACUUGUGACGUUGUGCGCAGUUGGUGGAUUUUUCUGUUGUACUUGACAAUCUAUUUGGGGAAAGGUGUUUCUCCAGAAAUUUUUGUAUUAGUGAACGAUCUUCUUCCAACAAGGGAGAGAUCUCUGAAUGUGCUGAUAGAGCAGGUUCUAAAGUUCUGGGACUCCAAGUUGAGCUUAACAAGAAUAACUGUACUCGCGAGGACUUGAUGGAAGGAGAAAUUAACUCCACCCAAGUUGAGAGGAUGAAGAUCUCAACGUAUGGGAGCUUUCUAGCAGAGAGUCUUGCAGAUUGGAGUAAACAGGUGGUUUCUCUUGUGGAACAAAAGAAGUUUUAUGGCAGCGUGAUUCAACGGGAACUCGCUCUGAUCUCUAACCUAUUCACAGUUGACAAUUUUCCUAAUAUUACAAGGAGGGAUGGAAAGCUACUAAAUUUUACCAAACUCUUAGCAUGGUUUGAGCCUAUGCUGACAAAUGAGUAUUGUACAGUGUUCAAUAUAACUUGUAAUAUGACUGGUUGUGGAAUCAAUGACAAGUGUAAACUGGAGGAAUGGUGUGUGAAUGUUGGGGAGGAAAUAUUGGAUGGUAAAGAUCUUGAUUUGUCUCCAGUACAAAAAGAGUUUAUUUGUACACUAAGGAAUGCUUCGAUAGUCCUGAAGAACGGAAAUUUGUACACAGGUUCCAUGAGCAAGGUUGAACUUCCGCAUGGCUGGGGAGCUGAGUUUGCAGGAACUGAUAAUGCAUCCGUCAUCUAUGAGGGGAACUGGGUGCAUGGUAAGAAGGAUGGCUUAGGAUCUCUGUAUACACCUAAAUCUAAAACCCCGUAUUACUCAGGAAGUAUGCUAAAUGAUGCAAUGUGGGGUCAGGGAGUUCUAUAUUAUGCAUCAGGAAAUAAAAUGUUUACAGGUUUAAUGGCGAAUGGUUUUAUACAGAAGGGUAAACUGUUUAAAGAUACUCCUCAAUCUCAGGCUAUUAGUAGUGUUGACGAAACAAAUAUUCCAGUGGUUCGAUUAAAUUUUCAAGAUACUGAAAUAUCUCCUUUUCUGCCUCCUGCAGCAACAAGUGAGACCAGGGACUGAAAAAAAUGAUCUAAAGUACUGUCUGGACGUUAUUAAAGUACUGUCUGGACAUUAUUUAAAGUACUGUCUGGGCAUUAUUCAAAGUACUGUCUGGACAUUAUUUAAUGUAUUGUCUGGACAUUAUUUGGAGUACUGUCUGGACAUUAUUUAAAAUACUGUCUGGACAUUAUUUAAAAUACUGUCUGGACAUUAUUUAGAGUACUGUCUGGACAUUAUUUAAAAUACUGUCUGGACAUUAUUUGAAGUACUGUCUGGACAUUAUUUAUAGUGAUUCUCCAUCUGAAUUAAUCCUGUAAAUUAAUAAUAAAUUGUAAAUAAAUUUUCAUUUAUUAUAA